AUCAUCAGCUGACUCGCCUUUUCCUCGGCGGAGCUCGGCUGGUGUUGCUGCUGCAGCUCCCUUCCAUUCCUCAGCAGCGCAGAGGCGGGGACGAGGAAGCCGAGCCGCCGGCUGGAUUUCGCCGCUCUCCCUUCUCCAGCGGGAGCCUCCGCUCCUUCCCCCGCCAACCGCGAUGCUGCCGCAUUUAGCCGGGCUGCUCCUCGCGGCCUCGUGGCUCGCCGACGCUUUGGAGGUGCCUACUGAUGGAAAUGCUGGCCUGUUGGCGGAGCCCCAAGUGGCCAUGUUCUGUGGCAAGCUGAAUAUGCAUAUGAAUGUUCAGAAUGGAAAAUGGGAAUCUGACCCUUCUGGAACCAAGAGCUGCAUUGCGACAAAAGAAGGGAUUUUGCAGUACUGCCAGCAUGUUUACCCUGAACUGCAAAUUACCAAUGUUGUUGAAGCCAAUCAACCUGUAACAAUCCAGAACUGGUGCAAGCGGGGAUGGAAACAAUGCAGAAGUCACCCUCACAUUGUAGUUCCAUAUAGGUGCUUAGUUGGAGAAUUCGUGAGUGAUGCUCUUCUGGUGCCAGAUAAGUGCAAGUUCCUUCACCAGGAAAGGAUGGAUAUAUGUGAAACUCACCUGCACUGGCACACAGUAGCUAAGGAGUCCUGUAGCGAAAAGGGCAUGAAUCUGCAUGACUACGGUAUGCUGUUACCCUGUGGGAUUGACAAGUUCCGGGGUGUGGAGUUUGUUUGCUGCCCGGUAGCAGACGAAAGUGACAACAUAGAUUCAGCUGACGCUGAAGAAGAUGACUCUGAUGUUUGGUGGGGAGGCGCCGAUGCAGAUUAUGCAGAUGGCAGUUAUGACAAGAUAGCAGAAGAACAGCUGACAGAGGAAGAGGACAUUACAGAUGUGGAGGAUGAAAAUGCUGAUGACGACGAUGAAGAUGGGGAUGAAGCUGAAGAAGAGGCAGAUGAUCAGUUUCAGGAAGCCACCGAACGAACAACAAGUAUUGCCACCACCACUACCACAACUACAGAGUCUGUAGAAGAGGUUGUUCGAGAGGUGUGCUCUGAACAAGCUGAGACUGGUCCUUGCCGCUCAAUGAUCUCCCGCUGGUACUUUGAUGUGACUGAAGGAAAGUGUGCACCAUUCUUUUACGGCGGAUGUGGUGGAAACCGAAACAACUUUGACACUGAGGAAUACUGCAUGGCAGUCUGUGGCAGCGUCAUUCCCACCACAGCUGCCAGCACUCCUGAUGCUGUUGACAAGUACUUGGAGACACCUGGUGAUGAGAAUGAGCAUUCCCAUUUCCAAAAAGCAAAAGAGAGGCUUGAAGCCAAGCACCGUGAAAGAAUGUCUCAGGUCAUGAGGGAAUGGGAGGAGGCAGAACACCAAGCAAAGAAUUUGCCUAAGGCUGAUAAAAAGGCAGUCAUCCAGCACUUCCAAGAGAAGGUGGAAUCGUUGGAACAAGAAGCUGCAAAUGAGAGACAGCAGCUAGUGGAGACUCACAUGGCACGAGUUGAAGCCAUGCUCAAUGACCGUCGCCGUGUUGCUCUGGAGAACUACAUCACCGCUCUGCAGGCUGUCCCUCCCAAACCUCGACACGUGUUUAACAUGCUGAAGAAGUACGUGCGUGCGGAGCAGAAAGAUAGGCAGCACACCCUCAAGCACUUUGAGCACGUCCGCAUGGUGGAUCCCAAAAAAGCCGCCCAAAUCAGAUCUCAGGUUAUGACACACCUACGUGUGACAUAUGAACGCAUGAACCAGUCUCUUUCCUUGCUUUACAAUGUGCCAGCAGUUGCUGAGGAGAUUCAGGAUGAAGUCGAUGAACUGCUUCAAAAAGUGCAAAACUACUCAGAUGAUAUCUUGGCAAAUAUGAUCAGUGAGCCCAGAAUCAGCUAUGGAAAUGAUGCCCUCAUGCCUUCCUUGACAGAGACUAAAACAACAGUGGAACUCCUUCCAGUCGAUGGGGAAAUCAGCCUAGAUGACUUUCAGCCAUGGCACCCCUUUGCAGUCGAUUCAGUCCCAGCCAACACUGAAAAUGAAGUUGAGCCAGUUGAUGCCCGCCCAGCUGCAGACAGAGGACUCACCACACGACCAGGCUCUGGAUUAACCAAUGUCAAAACAGAAGAGACUGCAGAGCUAAAGAUGGAUGCAGAGUACAGACAGGAUUCAGGAUAUGAAGUACAUCAUCAGAAACUGGUAUUCUUUGCUGAGGAUGUAGGUUCGAAUAAAGGCGCCAUCAUUGGACUAAUGGUGGGAGGUGUUGUCAUUGCUACAGUAAUUGUCAUCACUUUGGUGAUGCUAAAGAAGAAACAAUAUACCUCUAUCCAUCAUGGUGUAGUGGAGGUGGACGCCGCAGUGACACCAGAGGAACGCCACCUGUCCAAGAUGCAACAAAAUGGCUACGAGAAUCCAACCUACAAGUUCUUUGAACAGAUGCAGAACUAGAACACCACAGCAGCCUCAUGAGUUGGACAGCAAAAUGAUUGCUUCACUGCCCAUUGGUGUUCAGUUAGAGAAUAAUGUGGAAAUCAAGCAAGAACGAACAAACACUUUGUUUUAUUAUUUACUCAUUAUCGCCUUUUGACAGCUGUGCUGUAACACAAGUAGAUGCCUGAACUUGAAUUAUAAAAUCAGUAAUGUAUUCUUCUCUCUCUUUACAUUUCAGUCUUUACACUACAUUAUUAAUGAAUGUUUUUUGUGUACUGUAAAGUUUAGCUGUACUUAACUAGUGCAUGAAUAGCUUCUUUCCCAAUUAUUUAUCAUAUAGCUCCUUUAGCCAGUUGUAUAUUAUUCUUGUGAUUUGUGAAGGGGGGGGAAUUAAGUCCUAAUUGAAAUAUGCUUUAAGAAUCGAUGGGGGAUGCUUUCUGUGUACGUGGGGUUCAGCUGCUUCUCUUUGCUGAGUUUUCCUUUUUCUGAUCACUAUGCAUUUUAAAGUCGAGAUGAAUUUUUCUUCUUCUUUUUUUUAGAAAAGUAUUCCAGAUGAGUUGAAAUUAUUUUCCUCUGCAGUUGCAUUUUAUUGUACAGAUUGUUGCUUCUGCUGUAUUAGUGAUGUAGAAAUCAUGGGAAUACACGUUUGUUUCUUUGUGCCUGUUUUAUGUGCACACCUUAGGCAUUAAGGGGAUGAACUUUUCUUUCCCAUGUAUCUUUUCAUAUUUUAAAAAAAUAAAAGGAAUCCUUGUUAAUUGUGAGCACUUUUAUAGGGGGGCGGGGGGAAGUGCCUGCUGGUUGAAAAAUUAACAGGGAUCCUACAAGCGUUUCUGCAGGAUGAUUGUACAGAAUCAUUGCUUAUGAAUUGAUAGCUUUCUACACUGUGUUACAUAAAUAAAUUACAAAUAAAACCAAUGGGCAAGAGUUUUAUUUGAAGAAUUAAGUAUUUGGGGGGUGACUUUAACAGUGACCAUCAAAUGUUCACAUGUAGUGGAUUGGGUGGUGGUUGGUUUUUGUUCUUUUUCUUCCUUUCCAAGUAGACCUGAUUCAUAGAUUUCCCAUUUUGAAUAUAGUGGAACAAAACAGCGGUGGGUGAGAGGGCUGUUUGCUUGGGCAUGCCUUCCCUCUAAAAUGUCUUUUUUUUCAGUUUGUAUAAUAGUGUUUUAAUGUAAAUAAAUACAUUCCUGGAGGA